UAUAUGUAAAAUAUUUUUUUGUUAGUUUAAUAUUUUAAUUUAUUCUUAAAAAUAUUUUUUUUGUACAUCCUGACUUAAAUCUUGCACACCCUUAUUACAAAGUGAUGAUACCGAAAACAAUACCACCAAUGAGUCACACGUUCCUCGUACGAUCACUAAUGGCACCUGCACAACGAAAAAAGAAUAACCUAGCGGGGAGUACCGGUGUGGUACCGGCCAAGUACCCUCCGAAGGUCAAAUUAGAAUUAUUCUCACUGCUCUAGAGUGCUAGAGAGGGUAAAUUACGCGUACCUUGGUUUGUGAGGGUGCUUGGGUUUUUAUAGUAGAGAGGGCUGACCCUCUUUUCCUUGGAGUAGAAGUCUUUUCCUUAUCGGAGUCUUCCUGGGCGUAUUUUACGGGAUCCUUUCCAUAUAGGAGUCCUUAGGUUCCAUGAAACGUGGGGAGCAAGUUAUUUAUUUGUACAUGUAAAUGUGUAGAAUAGGCGUUUCAUAGACUGACGCCGUCAGUCUAUGCAUCCCGUCAGUUUACACAUAUCCUAUGACCUUCAGGACGUUCGUCUUUGUGUCCUUUUGCCUUAGACCACCGUCAGCCUAGAAGGUAUGCUGACGGCAAUAACGUCUCGUCACCAUUGCAAGGCAUUCACCGUCUCCUUUGUUAAGUAUGUGCCGUCAGUCUCUUUUUAGGUCUUCACCGUCGCUCUUGUCCGUUAUGUACCGUCACGCUGGCCAGCAUAAUUUUAUCCUCAUCAUUUGCCCCCUACUCCAUAACUCCGUCACCCUCUGUACUGACGGGCUAUGGAGUUUGUUUUUCAAAAGAGGCAGAAACAUCGUUUGCGUGGAUCUGAGCAUUUAAUGCCUUGGACAGGUGGCUCGUUCCCAUUGGCCUCACUUCUGACGAGAUGUCGCUUCGUCUUCCGCGCCAUUUUUUCCAUAUAUAAACAGCGUUUCCAGUCACUUUUUUCACUAUUUCAUCCUUGCUGAACUUGUGGAGAGACAGACCGUCGAUCACCUUCCGUCAGCUUUAACUUCCGUCAGCUUAUCCGUUGCUGUAGCCGUCCAGAGGGCUUCCAUACCGGUAAGUUUUCAUCCUCUCUCCUUCUCUUUAUUUUUGCCUCAUUAGUGAGGCCGUCAGCCUAGGUACUUAGUUUGAACCCGUCACUUGUAGGUAGUCAGAUGUCGAGUGACGCGUCUUGUGACGAGUCGUCAGUCCGCGAAGGAGCGGGCUACGACGAGACCUUUGGCUCCGGAAACGAGUCGGACUUCUCCCUCCCGUCAGAGAGAGAGUCGUCAGCCCAAUCUCCUGACGGCAAUGAGAGUUUUGCUGAGGGAGAAGAUGAGGGAAGAGGGGAUGAAAAUGACGGGGGUGGAAUGGAUAUUGACGGAGGAAAUAGUGACGGGGAGGAGAGAUCCAGUGAAGGAACUUCGGAGGGUACCGUAGAUAACCGUCCCUUCAUUCUUCCUGAGGAUUGGGCCGUCAACAGAUUUUUGCCUAGGAUGAGUGGUAAAGUUUUUAGGGAGUUACGGAUCCGUUAUCAGAUCCCAGACCACAUCCCCCUCCGUCUCCCUAGAGAGGGUGAGAGGUGUUACUCCGGGCGGACAGCGGACGUUGGCAUGUACGACGCCAUGUUUGCUGCCGGCCUGAGGUUACCGUUGACGGCUCUUCACCGUCAACUAGCUGACUUCCUUGGAAUAUCCGUCACCCAGGUUGCCCCAAACGCCUGGAGGACUUUUAUAGGAGCUGAAAUCCUGUGGGGCAGCUUUAGUGGAGGGCACCGUCAGCUUACACUCGGAGAAUUUUUUUAUUGCUAUAGGCCUCAUCACAUUGCCUCGUCUAAGGGGACUUAUCAUUUUAAUGCCCGAGAGAAAGGGCUACGGUUAGUGUCAGAUAUGCCUGACUCAAAUAGGAACUGGAAGAGUAGGUAUUUUUUCGUUGAGGGGACGGACUGGGUGUGCCGUCAGGAGGAGUGGGCGACGAUGCCCAGUGGUUACUUUGACAAUACCUGGGCCUUUGUCAAGGAUUCAGCUUAUACCCGUCCGCAUAUAACUGACGAGCAGGAGGAGUUCAUCCAUCGGAUUCUAGAAAUUCCUUUGGAGGACCGUAAGUGCAGGGAUUUGAUUACCCUUGACACCCUCCAUCUAUACUGUGGGGGCCCAAAUCCGUCAGCGGAAGCUCGUAGGUUGGAGGAGUUUGCGCGACGUCAGAUGGAUUCUGCGAAGCAAAGGAUACGGGCUGCCGCAGCUCGUCAGAAGGAGGAGAGGAAGGCCAAGGAAGCAGGGGGGGAAGCCUCGUCAACCCCCACGGCCGUCGCCAAAGUGGCGAAGAGGAAACCUGACGGGAGUGACGGCCGUCCCUCAAAAAAGCCUGCCGUCACUCCGUCAGUCGAACCAUUGAAGGAAAAGUCCCCUCCGACGUCUGGCCAUGGUGCGGGAAAGGGGGUGAUGACUUCUGCUGGUCCCGUCACUGAGGGUCCGUGCCGUCUCCUAACCCACAAAGAAUAUGCCGUCGGGGAGGUUGAGUCCCUGAUAAAACCAACGGACAUGGAGCCCUGUGAUCAAGUAGGGACGGAGGAUUUAGGGGCAUCGGCCCUCUUUGAUCUCUCCAGGGCCUUGGUUCGUGUCAAAGCCCUCCGUGACCGUUGCGUGGCGAAGGAGGGGGUCGUCAGUCGAGUUCGCAGCCAUAACAAGAACUUGCUGAAUCAGCAGGCUCAGUAUAAGGAAGCCGUCCGUCUUCUUAACCAGGAGCUGCAGGAAGUCAAGGAGAAACUGACGACGAUCAGUGGCGAGAACGUCAAGCUCCAAGGAGAGGUGACGGCUCUGGAGGAGAAGUUACAGACGGCGGGGGCUGACGCGAUUGGACACUUCAAAACGUCGCAGUCAUUUAUUGACUCAUGUGGUCAAUAUUACGGCACUGGGUUCGAUGACUGCCUUCGACAGGUCGCGUCGGCCUUCCCAGAGCUGGACUUAUCUGGGAUUUCAAUGGAUGAUGGAGACGACGUCUCUCUUCAGCCAGAACCCACUCCGGAGCGUGACGGCUCGGUAGUCCUGGCUCAGCCUGCUGCUAAUCCUACAGCUUCAGAUUCUCCAACCGUUAUCGUGGAUGUUGAAGAUCAUCAGGCUGACGGAAAUCCUGCUGACGCUCCUCCUGCUUAACCAUGGCUAUGUAAAAAUUUUUUGAAAAUAGUUGUAAUCUUUAGACGGUUUUUUGGAGAACAGUUGUAAUUUUUUAAACAGUUGUAGUUUUUAAACAGUUGUAAUUUUAAACAAUUGUAGUUUUAAACAAUUGUAAUGUUUAAGUGCCCUUGACGUUUAUGCAUAGUUGCGCGUAUUUCAUUUCCGUCGCUUUUAUCUCUAUCUCAGACAAAUGUUGGAAAUUCCCGUCUGCUUUUAAUACGUCGGCUUUUUAAACUGUUUGAAUACCUCGUCAGCUUUGAGACCGUCAGUUUACAAGUGUUAUCUUUUGACAUCCUUGUUGGUCCGUCAGUUUUGAGGACCUUGCCUCAAAGAUGGUUAUUCCACCUUAUCGGACCGUCAGCCCUUAGGCUGUUAGUCUUUUUUGGGCCGUCACCUUCUUGGCCUUGGCCCUGAUGUCGUUUGACAUCCUUUUGGUCCGUCAGUUUUGAGGACUUUGUCCCUACGAUUGUUACUCUAUCUUGUUUGACCGUCAGUCUUUUGGCUUUUAGCCUUUUUGGGCCGUCACCUUCUUGGCCUUGGCCUUGAUGUCAUUUGACAUCGUUUUAGCCCGUCAGCUUUUUAGGUGUUGAUGUCUUUUGACAUCUUUGUUGAUCCGUCGGCUUUUUAGCCUUUUCGGACCAUUGUUCUCUUGGCUUUUUUAGCCUUGAUGCCUUGACAUCUUUCAUUAAUCCGUCAACUAUUAAGGCCUGGGCCCUGUGAUGGUUACUCCAUCUUAUUGGACCGUCGGCUUUUUCUUUAGUCCGUGUGUUAUGGACUUAGUCGUUUUUUGGGCUGCAAACUUAGUGGUCCGUCGGAAGGAAAAUACACUUCAGCAAUUUCUGAAUAAAACUCCUCUUAUUGCCAUGCAUUUAAAUAAAAGUAAUUAAAACCAAAUCCUGCCCUUUGGGCUAAAAAAGUUGUUGCGAAAAAACUAAAAUAAACGAUAAAUCUGAGGAGUUAAACUAUAAUUUGCUGAAAAUAUAAAAGGAGUUGGUCUUCAUGCUGCUGCUCCUAUUGGUAGUAUUUCCGUAGGUGCUCGGUGUUCCACGGAUGUG